AUGGUAAAUAAAAUACAAAGAGAAUGUAUCUUAAGUAAAUGGAGUCCAAAUUUAACAUUUAGCAAAUAUCAUUCGAGAGUUGUAUAUACUGUUUUUUAUCAAAAUAUUUGCUUACCACCAUUGGAUCAGGUGCAAAAUUUUACAAUUGCACCACCACGCACAACAUUUUCAAUACCAAUCACAGAUACAAGAUUAAUUAUGGCAAAUUCUAUCAGUGAUAAGAUCAAGAAUCAUAAAUCAAUGGGUGUUGUCCAUGAUAGCACUGUUAAUGUGGAAAAUAAGAAAAAAUUAUCAUUUGAAACGGUACUUCAUGCUGCACAACAUGUUCCACCACCAAAUACUAUCAAUGGAAACACUCAUAGGUUUAUCAAAUCUACCCAAACUACUCUAUCACCAAAUCAAAAAACAACCGCAUAUUAUGUUGAUUACGAUGAAGAACGAAGCAACAAUAAUGGCAGUAACAAGGAUUGCGAUGACAACAAAAAAAAUAAUAAUAAUGAUAAUAAUAGUAACAGUAACAACAAUAAACAUGGUGAUAAAAUCAAUAGUGACAGCAAUAAUUACGACAGUAAUAAUGGCGAUGAUGAUGAUGAUGAUGCUGAUGCUAUUGAUGAUGAUGACGAUGAUCAUAAUGAUGAUUAUGAUAACAAUAAUAAUAAUGAUGAUGAUGGUGAUGAUGAUGAUAACAUUUAUAAUAACAAUGAAUAUGAAGAUAGUGAUAUAAGUACUGAUUUAAUAUCAGCAAGUGAUAAGCAACCUAUUUCUGCUAGCAAAAAUGUUGCAUAUCGUAUUGCUGCCAAUCUAUUAAAACCGAUAAGGACGAUAAAAAGUGUUGCCAUUAAACCGAAUCCGGCAACUAUCCAUCGUGGUUUUCAACAUACGGAACCAUUAAUUCCUGAAAUUACUUCUUCUACUACUUUACUUCCUCUAAAAACUAUUAUCACACCAUUUAUCAAUAAUGCUAUUACUACUAUUGCUAUUACUACUCCUUAUGCUAGUGAUAAUAUUAUUACUACAAGUAACAGUAUUGAUACUGAUAAUAGUGAUAUUACUGAUACCGCUACUAUUACUACUACUACUACUACUGGUACUACUAUUAUUGCUACAACAACAACAACAACAAUAAAAGUUACUGCUACAACAAAAACUAUUACUUCAGCAAUGCAAUUUAUUCCUAUUCCAAUUGAAAUGUUAGUUCGGGAAUGGAAUACAACUACAAAAGAUUCAGAAUUAUCAAUUCAACAUCAAAAUUACACUCUUAAUAUUGGAAUUUUAGAACAGGAAUUGAAUAAUCGACAAAUGAUACGAAAUGGAUUAAUUAAAGAACUCAAAUGCUUUCAUUAUUUUGCUAAUAAACAACUCAAUGGUUAUCGACAGGAAAUAAUCAAACAAAUUGGUUUACAAGAUUGUUUACAUAAUUGUAUUUUACGCAUUUCAUUUUUAUGUUUGAGUGUUAAUUACAAUAGGAAAACAAGGGAAUGCAUUUUAAAUGCUGAUAAUCGAAUUAUCAAUAAUGUUCAAUUAACUUCAUCAAAAUUAACAGAUUAUUAUGAAUAUGUUUGUUUGAAUGCACGAAAACAAGGAUUAAAAGCAAAAAAUACGCGUAAAAUUUAA